GACGUCAGUAACGCGAGACGUUGUAGUUUACGGCAGGUGGUCACGCACGUGAGUAUAGUUUGAGAAGACAUGGCGCUACUGGGGAUCCACAAGGAGCUGUUGGUUUGGAGCAGCGGGAGCAAGUUCAUAGCAAUUAACACCGAGGAAAACAGUGAAGGUGGAAAGUCAUUUGUCUUUGAUUGCAACACUGCUUCAAAGAAGUCUCAGGAGAAUGAUGACAAUAAAGGAGGUGAUGGAGGCACAGAAGAAAAAGGAAGUGACAAGAUUUUAGCUUUCACCUUCUCCUCUUCAGGGCAAUAUUUUUCUCUCACAGAUGACAACAAGCGUCUUAUUUUAUUCCGCACCAAGCCUAUUUGGGAAUGUCUUAGCAUCAGGUAUGUAGUUCGAAGAUGCACUGCUUUAACAAUAACACAGUCAGAGGACCAGAUCCUGGUGGCAGAUAAAUCAGGAGAUGUCUAUUCCUUCUCGGUUGUGGAGCCUCAGAGACCAGCAGAACUCAAAUUAGGCCACCUCUCGAUGCUACUGGGUGUGACAUUGAGCCACGAUGACAAAUAUGUUAUAACAGCAGACAGAGAUGAGAAGAUUCGUGUCAGCAUUUUGAAGUCUCCAUACAACAUAGAGUCCUUCUGCCUGGGUCACACAGAGUUUGUAAGUGCUGUGGUUGUUAUCCCUGAUCAUCCAAAGCAACUUCUUUCUGGAUCUGGGGAUGGAACGUUGAGGCUCUGGGAAUACAAGUCUGGCAGAGAGCUGCAGUGCUGGGACCUGAGAGAACUUAAUGACCCCGAACAAAAGGACAAUGAGAAGAAGUUUGCUGUCUCAAGAAUAGCCUGUUCUCUUAAGGGAGGCCAUGUUGCUGUCUUGUGUGACAGCUUUCCUGCAGUACACCUGUUCCAAAUCGACACAGAGACUCAGAGGCUGGAGUUCAAAGAGACGGUCCGAUUAGCACACUGUUCCUGGGAUGUUGCCUUUGACGAGUCUGCAGGACUGUGGGUCCUUCAACAGAGUGAAGUGUCAACAGCUACUCUGUACAAACUCAGAGAAGGUCACUGGCAGUGUGCAAUUGAAGACCCAAAGCUUAAGACAACAGUGAACAUUCUUUGUAACCACUGGGACAUGUUCCAAGUGUCUCUUGACGCAGAGAGCCGCUACCACAACCUGUAUAAGUCAGUCUUUGACAACAUGGCAGCUUACCUGCUGAAGAAGGAGGAGAGGAUUCAGCAGCAAGGAAAGAGGAUGAAAAGGCAGCUCCCAGAAUCCAGCGGGGCAAAGAGCAUUUAAACAGAGAUGCCACAUCCUGACAUUGUGACCUUUUUUUUAAAAAUUGCUGGGUUCAUGAUUGUUAUUUUUUUGUAACUGAGAGCCUAAUGUGCAUUGGCAGAAAUCUGCAUGGUUAAAUUCCUUGGGAAUAUUCACCAUUUAUAUUUGAACAUGUAAGAGAGAUUAUUGUUUUUGUAAUUACUUUUGUACAGAAUACAAUGUUUAUAAAGUUAGUAGGUCACUUCGUAAUUCUGCUCUGUACCUAAAUGUUUUUGCAUUAGCUUUUUAAUAUUGAAGCCAUUUGACUGAGAAGGUUACAUUUAUUGAUAAUAAUAAAAUAACACAAUGUAGCUUUUUACUACCUGUUAAUUUGUUUUUGCAGUAUAGCAAAAUAGCUUUCAGACAUUCUACCCUUACAACCUAAAGACUGUACUUUUGACCAUUCUGGUUUUACAUCGCUAUAUUGUUUUUGUUGACAGGCUGACAGCAAAAUAAAUUGGUAUAACCAACUGUUGGUUUAAACUUCUUGAAAUGCAUAAAACCUUUAGUUUUUCUCAGUGGCUAAUAUAGGGCACCAUAUUCUGAAAGCAUUACCAGUGAUGAGUUCAACUGUUCUGUGAAAGUAAAGGGAGACUGAGAUGGAGAAGUCAGAUGAGGGAGAGGAGGAAGGAAAGUAGAGAUCAGAUUUAGAGAGUUUGAGGUGAUGAAUGAGUCCUAAUUGAGAUAGCUAGGAGACAGGAGAUGAGGGAGUCAAAGGGAAAGGAGAGGAAGAUCUGGGCAUUGUCAGCAUAAGAGCAGGAGAAGCCAAAAGAGGAUAUGUCUACCUAGCGAGGGGGUGAAGUGAAAACAGGGGACACCAGGACUGAUCCUUGGGGUACACCUGCAGAGAGGGGGCAACACCAGUAAACCUGGAACAAACAAUUAGAGAUAGGAGGAAAACCAGGCAAAAGCAGUGUCUGAAAUCCCUAGGUCAGAGAGGAGAGGAGAAUAACACAAUCGACAGUGUCAAAGGCAGAGUGGGGGGAGUCAGUUACAG